CAAAAUGAAGAUUAGGUUCCCUCAUAGACAUACCAAAUCCGAAUAAAUGCAGAAUUUUGGUUAAUCUGAGAGUUGAAAGUAACGUUAGACAUCUUAAAGAGAUAAAGAAAAGAAGAAGAAUAGAUGCUUGAAAGCGUAACAACUUAAAUUACAGUAAAAUAAAGUAGUAUAAGUUAUUCGAUUUUUUUUUUUAUAACGUGAAAAACGUGUGCCCAGUUGCAGCAACUAUGAUUGUUAGCGAGGAGUGGUAGAGUUUCGUGUGCUGCGUGUUCUUUUUUCAUUAAUUUAUAAUUAAUUUUAUAAAUAUUCUUUUGGGGAUUGAGAGAGUCCACCCUCCUCUGUCUCUGCAUUGAUUUGUGAUGAGUCAGGGAAGCAGGGAGCAUGUUGAUUGUCAAAUUCUGGCUUGAAAUCUGAAGUUUUUCAAACGCCACGCCAUUGUAACUUUCCUCAUAUAAGAGUGGUUUUGAAGGGAUGACUUAAAAGCUCUAUGCCGGGUUCAUUACGAGCAGAAAAAUGAGUGAUGCAGAAGUUCAAUUUUAUUCCGCAGGAACAACGAAGAAAUCAGAUAGCCAAAAAAUUUAUCAUGGUAGAGAUCCCAAUCAUGGAAGUAACUUUUGGAUUGAUGGGCUUAUUUGUGCUUUUGAAUAUGUUCGAGGACAAAACAGAUCAGCUAAAUGGAGGUCCUCAUCAAAUACCGCAGACAGACUACAGGUUAAUGGGCAACAACAUUCAAAGAUGCAUGCCCCUUCUGAUGGUUUAAAGGAGGCUUCUUCCUUGAGACCGGAUAAAAACAAGUUGUCAGAUCUUUCGUCUGUAAAUGUCUCACGGGACAGUGUGUUUGGUGCCUCUGAUGACGACAAGGAGAGCCAGGUUCGUCAGGCUGGCCAGUCUAGAAAGUAUGAUGGUGGGCAUUGGGUACCCAUUGGAUGGGCAAGAAUUUCUGAACUUGUCCAAACAGUUCAGGUUGAUGCUGUAUGGUCUUCUCAUCAAUUUGAGUUUGAGGAUUCUGAAGAUGAUUUUACUGUAGCAGAUUUGGCGGCUCCCUACUGGGAGCGUCCGGCUGGGCCUAUUUGGUGGUGCCAUGUUUCUGCUGGUCACCCCAAUGUUGAGGCUUGGCUCAACAAUGCUCAAUGGCUACAUCCUGCUGUUAGUCUAGCUUUGAGAGACGAAAAUAGACUUAUAAGUGACCGGAUGAAACACCUCUUCUAUGAGGUCCCAGUUAGAGUUGCGGGAGGGCUGUUAUUUGAGCUCUUGGGACAAUCAGCUGGUGAUCCUCUUGUUGAAGAAGAUGACAUUCCUAUUGUUCUUAGGUCUUGGCAAGCACAGAACUUCCUUGUAACUGUAAUGCAUGUAAAAGGAUCUGUGUCAAGGAUAAAUGCUUUAGGUAUAACAGAAGUUCAGGAGCUUCUCUCAGCUGGAGGGUAUAAUGUGCCGAGAACAGUGCAUGAAGUUAUAGCACAUCUUGCUUGCCGCCUCUCUCGAUGGGAUGAUAGGCUCUGCUUCUAUUUCCGGUUAGGGUUUGAUCAACUAACUCUUGAAGCUUUACAUAUACAUUUUUUCAGGUUAUUCCGUAAAUCUAUAUUUGGGGCGGCAGAUGAGAUUGAAUUGAAGUUUAUGAACAGGAGAAACCAUGAAGAUUUGAAUCUUUUCAUCUUAAUCUUAAAUCAAGAAAUCAGAAAGUUAUCAACACAGGUUAUCAGAGUGAAGUGGUCCCUCCAUGCAAGAGAAGAGAUUGUCUUUGAGCUUCUCCAACAUCUAAAAGGAAAUGGAGCAAGAAACCUGCUAGAGGGAAUAAAAAAGAGCACAAGAGAAAUGAUCGAGGAGCAAGAAGCAGUUCGCGGCCGUCUGUUUACCAUUCAAGAUGUCAUGCAGAGCACUGUUCGAGCUUGGUUACAGGAUAAAAGCCUUCGGGUAACCCAUAAUUUAGCUGUAUUUGGUGGUGUUGGUGUUGUACUCACCAUCGUUACUGGGUUAUUUGGGAUCAACGUUGAUGGGAUACCUGGGGCAGAAAAUACACCAUAUGCAUUUGGUGUUUUUACAGCCAUCCUUGUCUUCCUUGGAGUAGUGCUGAUUGCAGUUGGCAUGGUUUACCUUGGGCUGAAAAACCCCGUUGCUGAAGAACAGGUUGAAGUUAGGAAGCUCGAGCUGCAAGAAUUGGUGAAGAUGUUUCAGCAUGAAGCAGAGACUCACGCCCAAGUCAGGAAAAACAUUUCUCCCAAAAACUUACCCCCUACAGCUGGUGAUGCUUUCCGUAGUGGUGCGGAUUAUCUUGUCAUACAAUAGAGAUACUAAUACUAUAAUUGUCCAAAAGAUUGCUCAACAUCAAUCACUUUUAGUGUUAAGGUUGUUUCAAGUUUGAAGUUAAAGCAUGAAUUUGCUUAUUCUCAUGCUUUGGUGUGUGUGAAGGAAUCCUCAACCGUUGCCUGCCAUUGGUAGGUCUCAAAGUCUCAACAAAGCCAAAAUUCUUGUAGCCUUUGAUCUGAGUUCUUCAAUUAGUGUAUUAGAAGUUUAUAUGAAUUGAAUAUUUGUACACCUCGUAGGUCAUCUUUAGUUUACCUGAAUUUGCAGACGGGUGCCAAUUUAAUGUACAUAUAGAGGAAUUUCUCUAUAAAUAUCAAAGUGAAAGAUGUGAUUCUAGCGAGACUAUAAAAUUUCUAGUUUUACUA